AUGCCGACCACCGUCGCCCCUAUCCCUGCCGCUGCCACCAACACCACGGCCACUAUGACGACGGAUUAUGCGCAGCAGAAGGACUCCUGUGGAGCACCUGCUUCCAUGGAUGGGAGAGAGCGUGGAGUUGUCACUGGAGUUAAAACCAACAAAGAUGUGGUAAGCCUCUCUUGUUCAGCCAACUUAAUUUAUGUAGGAAGUUGCUGGGCAUUUGCAGCUGCUGCAGCCACUGAAUCAGCACAUGCAAUAGCCACAAGGGAACUUAUCACCCUUUCUGAACAACAACUCAUAGACAGUGAUUCCAUGAGCCAAGGUUGCUCAGGAGGAUGGCCCUCUAAUGCCUUUGAUUGGCUUAUAAAAAAUGGCGGGAUUAGCAGAGAAGAUGAUUAUCCUUAUUCCGCUCGGCAGGGUUAUUGCAGAGCCAACAUGGCAUCUCUCUCUCUCUCUGGAAUUUAUGAAGGUGAGAAUUGCCCCAGGGAAUCAAACAAUUUGACUCGUGCUGUUUUGAUUGUUGGAUAUGAUUCUAAUGAUGGAAAAGAUUAUUGGAUUGCGAAAAACUCCUGA